AUGACACUCCAAGCGUUAACCACACUCCUCACAACACCCGAACUAACAUUCCUACACUACACAGACACAAACACCACCACUACCACCACCACCGUGACCGCCUGCCAUCCACCACCACCACCGUCACCCGAACCCACGGGGGAGGAUCAAUACUUAGCCCUGACCCUCAUGUUGCUUGCCCGAGGCGACUCCACCACUCAACCAUCCCCUUCAUCCCCUCAACACUCGGAUCAUAUUCCUACAAUGUUGUACGCGUGUAACAUAUGUAACAAGGUAUUCCCUACGUACCAAGCGCUAGGCGGUCACAAAUCGAGUCACCGGAGAAAUGUCCCGCUUGGUUCGGACGACCAAACGCUAACUUCCGGUGAUUUGAAGAGGGACGGAGUUAAGGGCUGCCAUGAGUGCUCUAUCUGCCAUAGGUGUUUCCCCUCCGGGCAGGCACUUGGUGGUCAUAAGAGACGUCAUUACGAUGGUGGAGGUGGAACUGCCAUUCAUGGUCAACCAAGAGACUUUGACUUGAACCUGCCCGCCUGCCCGGAAUACCCCUUCAGUUUAAGCGUUGACGGAUAA